AUGGCUCCGUCAGAGAUUAUCCCAAACACAUCCGAAGAAGAACCAAUGCCCAAUCAGAAUGAUGAUGGAGCAAUGAUGGUUAGCGGUGAUGACGAAGAAUCAAGUCCUCAUACUGAAUCAAAUACAACAAAUAACGACGCAAAUGCAAAGAGCGUUAUGCUGAGUCAAUCAAUACUAGAUAUUGUAUCCACGAAUUUUGAAGUUGAGAAUCUUCCUGGUAUUAUGCUACGAGGUUGUGAUAACAAUACCGAUUGGACAAUGGAAGAAUUAGAUCAACUAACAAAACAAUUUCAAAUCAUGUAUUCAAACGUAAGCAAGAGGAUGAAGAAAAUAAUAGAACAAAUCAGGAAGGUCGAUAGAGAAUUAGAGAAAAAAGGAGCAGGCAUUCCGUCAUCGACGAACACAAACACCAGCAAGAAGAGAAAACAAAUGGAUGAUGAAGAUGAUGACGAUGAUGAGCAGCCAUCGAAGCCUAUUACAGCCACCCCGACAACAAGAAGAUGUUUUUCUCCUCUUCAAUCACGAAAGAAGAACGACUAUAAUUCAACAGCAUCGUGGGAAAAGUAUACAAAACGAAGUAAUAGGGGCAACAUCAACAUCAUGGCUCCUGUUUCUCUCAGAUAUAACAACAACUUAGCAGCAACCAUGGCAAAUUGCCAUUGUCAAGCAACAAAGAACAUUUUCCAUACACCACCUCUAAUGAAUUCUUCACAAAAACAAAAGCAGGAUCAAGUUCAAUUAUCAGGACUUUUGUUGGCAGCAGCAGCUGUUGACAGAAACAAGAUCAACGAAUCAAAUCCUUCUAACAACAAAGUUGAACCAUCAAGCUCUUCUCUCAUCUCCUGUGAAUCAACAACCACCAUUACCAACACGUACCCUUUAAUUAAUGUACCAUUAUCAUCAACAGAAUAUUCGAACACAAGCAACGAUCUUCAACACAUGAAAUCAUCGAAUUUAGAUGAAUCUAAUACGCAGGGAUAUCAGUAUCAACAUGUAUCCGAUAACAACAAUUCAAGUUUGACACUUCCUCCUCUCUCAUCGAUUCAAACAUUGAACGAUUCUUCUCAUAAUAGUAGCUAUCCGUACACUUGA